GGCGGGAGCUAGCGCCAUCCCCUCCCACGCAUGCGCUGCGCCCGCCCCCCCGGAUUGGACGCGCGCUCAGGGGGCGGGGCACACGCAGGCGAGGCGGAAGUGCCUGCUGCCGGUGCUGUAGUAUCACGACCACCCAACCGCCUAUCCUGAGGGGUCCCCUGGGAGGAACUGUGAGAGGACGGUACCUAUGUGUUGACAGUGGUUGAGUAGCAGACGUUGGCUCCUCACAGCUGCCUGUCCAGAGAUGGCAGUUUCCCCUGGAUCUGUGCUUGUCCCAGACUGGCACAGGUCGCCAGAGGGCAAAGUGUACUUCGCCACCAUCCUGCGGAAGAACAAGCGGAAAUUCUUUGGGCUGAUGGAAAGGCCAGUGCUCCCCCCGCGGAUGGCCGCCGACACGGCCAGCUACAAGGUUUUUGUCUCUGGGAAAAGCGGCGUGGGCAAAACCGCAAUGGUGGCCAAGCUGGCGGGACUCGAGGUGCCCAGUGCGCAUCAUGAAACAACAGGGAUCCAGACGACGACGGUGUAUUGGCCGGCCAAGCUGAGGGACAGCGGCAGGGCGCUCAUCUUCAGGUUCCACUUCUGGGACUGCGGAGAAGCAGCUCUAAAGAAGUUUGAUCACAUCCUGCCUGCCUGCAAGGAGAAGGCAGAUGGCAUCCUCUUCCUGUUUUCUUUCACCGACCGCUCAUCCUUCAACGACCUCCCCAGCCAGAUCUCCCGUGUCACGGAGGGCGCCGAAGACCUUGUCAAAAUAGUGAUCGGCUCCAAGUUCGACCAGUUCAUGCACACCGACGUCACGGAGCGAGACCUGGCGGAGUUCCAGCGCGCCUGGCGCCUGCCCGUGCUGCGGAUGAAGAGCGUGAACGGGCCCCGGCUGGCUGAUGGGCAGACCCUGGAUGGCCGUGCGGGGCUGGAGCAUGUGGCUCAUGUGCUGAACGUGCUGGCGGAGCACCUCUGGUACCAGGACCAAGUGGCGGCCGGCCUGGUCCCUGCGUUGCAGCCUGGCGCGGAGGAGACCUCCCCAUGCUGAGAAUCAGCUCGCCUAAAACUUGGACACGACUGGCGGGAACUCCACUGCAGCCCCGUAAGGACCAGCUCAUGUGCAGAUCUGGGAGCCUUCUGCUCCUUCUGGCUCUAGCAUAUAGAUCUGGGAGCCCUCUGGCUCUAGCUUCCACAUCUGGGGGCCCUGUGACUCUAGCGUCCCCAUCUGGGAGCCCUGUGGCUCUAGCAUCCCCAUCUGGGAGCCCUGUGGCUCUAGUGUCCCCAUCUAGGAGCCCUGUGGCUCUAGUGUCCCCAUCUAGGAGCCCUGUGGUUCUAGCUUCCAUGUCUGGGAGCCCUGUGGCUCUAGCGUCCCCAUCUGGGAGCCCUCUGGCUCUGGCAUCCAGAUCUGGGAGCCCUCUGGCUCUAGCAUCAUGCAGAAGCACCCUGCUUGGCACUGGCAUCACACAAGCCCACAGCCAGAUUCAUCUGGGGACCUUUGUUUCUGGGGGCUGUGCCCUGAGACAGCACAGUCCCGAUUUCCAGAGAAGCUAAACACCCUCAGCUCACACGGAUGUGCCUCGGGGUCAGAGCACCUCAGCCCCAAGCAUCCCACGCUGGGUAUCCAGAAUCCCAGACCACUCCUGGCUUUAGCUUUGAGCUGAGCCGGUCCAGCUGCAGCCUGUAUGCUCCUUCCUUCGUCCCUAUAGAGAACCAGGUGGUGGCCAGGGAACCGGUGGAGGCUGGCGCGGUGGGACGCGGUGGGUGGGGCUAGGCCGUUUUGGAGCUCCGGGGAUGGGUGCCCCAGCUUGGCAUGCCAAAGCAGCGAGACGAGCUGGGCGGCUCGUGGCUGACUCCAUGUGGACGUGGCAUGGCUGAGCGUGUCCUUCGGCCGCGUGCACGUCUGAACCUCCAUCACCUUCGUAUCUGGGCGGGCUCUGGGCUCCGAGCAGCAACAGCUCUCAGUUCUUGGUUAUUAAAUGCUGAUGCCUGUUUGGGUGGCAUUGAAAGGUAUCCCCAGGGUCUAGCUCGCCCUGGCUCUGCCUGUGGCAUGAGGGGCCGGGCUGCGGUCCCCGGGUGGGAUUCAGGCUGAGUUGUGGUGAGUCUCUGCCCCCUGCUUGUGCUGGCGUCAGGGGCAUGGCCUGGGCUGGCAGCUCGGGGGCCAUUCCUGCCCUCGCUGGAGCUGUGGGUAACUGUCAGGCCCUGGGUGACUCGGUGAAAUCUGAAAACAGGCUCCCAGAGCG